AUGAGGAUGAGGGAAGUGCUUGUAUUGUGGUGUGCUGUGUUUUGUCUCUGCGGCAGAAAAUAAUCAUGAACAACCAAAAGUUGAUUCUGCCGCGUCGUCGCGUCAACCAUUCAAGUGAGAACUAGAUAGUUCCUCUUGCGACUCAACAGCACGGUCCACCAAUUUUCAAGAGUCUGCAUGGAUUGACAAUGGAUAUGAUCUCAAUCCUGGCUCCUCUUGCCAGAGAAAUUUUGGGUAUACUCGCAAUUCCGCGUCGGUGAUGGCGUCCGUUCGUUCCCUAGGCCUCCACGAACCCUCGGCCUUACCUUUCCUUGUCGCAGAGGAUCUCCUGCCUCCUGAUCCAUCAGAGAAUCAAUACGAAUGGCGUACAACGGUCGAUGAAGGUCCGAAUGGGCCCGUGGAUGAUGAACUUGUCUGGACUACAAGCUGUGUUGUUUGGUCUCGAGCGGGAGUCGUGAAGAGGGUGUUCCGGUUGGAUAUCGAACGAGAGGAGAUCAAACAUGCUCUUUUCACAAGAUUCUCCGUCGAAAAGAGUACUGAGUCAGAUGCGCAAACUACGCAGGUGCAGGGGCUCAAUGGCAACUUAGGCAGCGAGCCUGGCCAGAGUCGUGGUCCGCAAAGCCAACCAUCACAGAAGACCCCGGGGACGCUGCCGAGUCUGCAUGAUCGACCUACUCAAGGAUCGCAAGCUGUUGAGAAUGGGGAUAGCUCAAGAGCCUUGGUUGUGAUACUCAAAUCACAGGCCCACAUCUUCUUCCUAAACGGCAAUAGCCAUGUCAUUCCUCUACCUUUUGAGGUUGAUUCGGUAUUUGCGACCCCUCGAGGUCUUCUAUUCCAGAGGAAAAUGCAAGAGGAAGAUACUAGUAUUUACCCUAUGGCGCCUCCAAAUUCAUUCAUCUCAUCAUUUCCUACCACCGACUUCCGCGCCUCUCAACCACUGGAGCUGCCCUCUGGAAAAGUCAAACGACCAUCAUUGACCAUUUCUCCUGCUCAGAACACAGCUUUGAACUCGCGAGCUACCAAAAAGGCGAAUCUACCCCGGGUGUUCUCUCUCAUGGACCCACACUCUGAGAUGGGCCUGGUUGUGACCAAACAAUCCUCACGUUGGUUACAGAGUAGUAUCAACAGCAAACCCUCUGGCCUAGAUGUCCUUGACCCUGCCGAUGAAAUCGUAUACGUUUCUCCAAAUAAUGAACUUUUGGGAUCUAGCCGGACUCUGAGUAAGAAUCCGUUGAUCCUCGUGGUAACCGUCAACAUGAAUACUGGACUGUAUACUCUCUGGACGGCACGAUAUAGAGAAGAGGAGACUGGUCCUUCCUCCAAGAAACAACGGAGGCGAGACACAGGGGGCACGCGAUCCAAACGGCGUAGUUCCCAUUUCAGCAUGACGACAGGAGCGACCACGCCUGCUGCACGCCCGUCCGCGGCCAGGGAGAGCUUCGGUCCCCGAGGCGACAACUGGAACGCGUCUGGCUUCUCCCACUCCCAGUACUCCGUCGAUAGCAGGCCGGAUGAGGAUGACCUCGCUUCAAGGUUGGGCCAGGACUUUGGCGAUCUCGGUGUCCCGUCUAAGACAUCACGGCGGGUGAGUUCCAUGCUCGCUCGCGCUGAUCUUGCGAGCAGCCAGGAUAGAAUCGCAUUCUCGGAUCUCGCUACAGGAAGUCAAACAGGCACCGUGCCUCAUGGAGGCUUGCGUCAAUCCAUUGGCGGAACCAGCACUCGGGGGAGUUUUGGAUUUAAUCCACGUGGUUCGCUGCCACCGGGAACCGGCUCCGUAUACAGCACGGCAAGCAGUUUCGUCGAUGCACCGGUCGAUCGUCUGCUCGAAGAACUAAACGAUGAUAGUCUAUUUGAGGGAUUUGGCAAUAUGGAACUCAAGGAGGCGACGUCUGGGCUGCCGGAAGAGGUUUUGCUUUCGAAAGUAGAAAGCUUCUCGACGAGAUUUGUUGGCACAUUUCAAACUCCCGUCAGGUCUUUUAAGCCUUCUCGAAGAGUGAAAAUCAGUACUCUGUGCCCCUCGGAAUGUGGAAUCACGCAGAAUGGAAAUUCGGCUGCUCUGGCUGUUUACCUUUUGGACCAGGACGCAAAAUCGAUGACCGUUGUCAAUCUACGCGCUGACAGGGUAGCACUGCCGAAGAAAGAUGCAGUGACUGCCAAGAAACAGCGAAAGAAGGCCUCUUCUGAGGAGCGUUCUUUACUCGUCCAGGCGACGGGCAUACAUCACUUUGCAGAUAUUCAAGACGCCUGCAGAGUUGUUGAUGGUCAGACUUCACGCAUCUUGACACUUGGAGUAGCGCACAAUGGCGAAAACGAGUUGUACCUGCAAAGCCCAUGGAGCAACCCUAUCAAAGUCGAUAUUCCCCACAAUCUAAUGCUUGGUAUGAAUCGUAUAAUGACUGAUGGCCCGGUAUCAAUAUCUGGUCUUGACCAUCCGUCUGUUCGAGGAAAAUUCGAUGUGAUCGACGCCACGAAAAGAAGACACAAGCUACAGAUACAGAUGGAGCCCAGCAAUGAGCUUGUGAAGAACGUCAUUCGAAUCUGUAAAUUUGUUUUGCGUGACUUUGAGAAAGCUGGUGAUGGUAUAUUGGCUGGAUGGUGGGAAACGGUCAAGUGGCUCAGUGCGAGAGAGUCUGGCGAGACUGACCUCGAAUGGACUGCAAUGACAAUCGUUUUGUUCGCAAUGGCGUUGCAAUUCAUUGACAGUGAUCAAACUCCCGUCAAACAAGCACGUCGAAAGAAGGGUCUCCUUAGGUCCAGCAGCGGAAGCUAUGUCGACUUGGAGAGCUGGGAGUCGAUGUUGGACAAAGAAUCAAGCUCUUCUGGCGUUGUGGCGCCUUGGAUGGCCAGCAGUUCUUGGGGAUGGAUCCUCGAGCAAGAUGCAGAACAAGAUGCUGUCAAGUCUCAGGGAAGGAACGCUCGAAAGGUUGACCAGCACGUUUCUAAGGGAUCAACGUUUCGAACAAACACGUAUUUGGUCCGAUGCAUAGCUCUGGCCCGGGAGUUUCUGCGGACUCCUCAGGGUAACUCGACGAUCGGACCAAACGGCCAUCUUCCUAUUGCGCUCUCCUGCAAUGAUACUCUCCGGCGGACCGCCCUGUGUACGAUUGUAGUAGGCUUACAUCUGUUCAGGGAGGAACAGAAGCUUUCAAUCUGUGAUGCGGAGCAUGAACGUAAGCCCUUAGGUCUCCUUGCACCCGUUCUGGCCCAAAUCGGUGGCUGGCUCGGAUGGAUGUCCUGGACAUGGGCCGACGAUGCAUACUACGGCUCUGAGACGGCGGGUAUGGAACGAUGGCAGUUUGAAGCUUCUCGCAUCUCGAUGAUGGAUAUUCCUCCAGAGCCCUUUGCGCCUCCUUCGAUCUUCGCUCACCUGGAGACUGCAUGGGGGCAGCGCUCCUCGCCGUUCUUCACACUCCUGGACCUUGUCAGCACGUCGGAGAGCGCUCCACGCAAUGGAAAGUUAUGGCAAGAGUGUUUUAGGCUCACGCCGAGGACACUGACUCUCAAUGGGUUCCUCUCCGAAAUACACAACAUCUCGUCCUCAUUUGACAGGGUCAAGCUCCUUCACCGUUGGGGUCUUACCAGGAACGUUGUCGAGACUUUCCCAGAAGGCGUCAGUACGCCGCUGUAUGAAGCGAUCAUGCGUACACAGACCCAGGCCUCCGCGUCCUGGAAUGCGAAUCUUUUGGAACUUGUCGAGCGAGAGGAUCUGAGCAUGUCCAUGAAUACGGAUACACCAUAUCCACCUUCGAUACCUCCCCAACCCUCCCUAUCGCACGAUGCAGUGCGAGACUUCCAUCACAUCGGUGGCUCAGCGCUCGAAAUUGACACGAUUAACUCGUUUGAGGCUUCUGCAGAGGCAGAUCGUUUCUCUAUAACACGGCUGAUCUUCAAGGACGAUAAACGCUUCAUAGAAGCGGCCAAACUGCUCAACCAAUCCAAAGCUCCCGUGGCAGAGUGCAUUCCAGAGCCCGACUGGACCGAUUCAGACUUACUUGAGGCGCAAAAGGAGGUGGUGCAACUCGUCACCCUCCGGACCUUGUCGAUCCCUGCCGGCCGGGCCAUGCUUGCUUUCAGCGGACGCUUGCCUCUCUUGACAGAGAAGCUUCCAAUUCCGUCAUUUUCGCUGCAGUGCGUUAUGAAGCCGUCAAACGUGACAGUCAGCGCCGAAAGAGCAUCUUUCAGCGAAGAAAAGGUGUGCUGGGCCUUCUUUCACAACGGCGUGUCCACUGGGCUCGCUAUCUCCAAAAAGUCAAAAGGGAUCGACACCUCAUGGAUCCUUUUCAAUAAGCCACAUGAGCUGACCAAUCGACAUGCGGGCUUCUUGCUGGCCUUGGGUCUCAAUGGGCACCUCAAAUCGCUGGCCAAGUGGGUAGCUUUUAAGUAUUUGACCCCUAAGCACACAAUGACAUCGAUCGGUCUCUUACUUGGUCUCUCGGCGUCUUAUCUGGGCACAAUGGACACCCUUAUCACACGGUUGCUGUCGGUACACGUUACGCGAAUGCUGCCCCUUGGAGCCGCCGAACUCAACCUAUCACCGUUGACGCAGACGGCUGGCAUCAUGGGAAUCGGCCUUCUCUACUGUAACUCUCAGCAUCGGAGGAUGAGCGAGGUGAUGUUGUCUGAAAUCGAAAAUGCGGAACAAGAGGAGAGCUCGCCGUCGCAUGAGGAUCUGCGUGACGAAGGCUACCGGCUGGCGGCCGGGUUCGCCCUUGGCUUCAUCAAUCUAGGCAAAGGCAAAGACCUGAGAGGCAUGCGGGACAUGCAUAUCGUGGAAAGACUCUUGGCCAUUGCGGUAGGCACGAAGACUGUUCACUUGGCUCAUGUGCUCGAUCGAGCCACCGCUGGUGCUACCGUUGCCCUUACGAUCAUCUUCAUGAAGACAAAUGAUGAGGUCCUAGCGCGGAAGAUUGACAUCCCAGAUACCACUGUCCGUUUUGACUAUGUACGACCGGACCUCUUCCUCCUACGGACGCUGGCUCGACAUGUCAUCAUGUGGGAUAGCAUACGACCCAGCUAUGAUUGGAUUAUUGAGAGUCUGCCUAAAAUCUAUCGACGUCGAUAUCGGCUAACAGGCGUCAGCCGACUGAAGAGUGACGACAUGCCUUUCUUCAAUAUCAUUGCUGGGCUCUGCUUCGCUCUUGGUCUGCGCUUCGCGGGCUCAGCCCAGCCAGCCGUUCGCGACCUGCUUAUCUCCUACCUGGACCAAUUCAUCCGCAUUUGCAGACUCCCAGCCGUGAAUUAUGACGGGCGACUGACCAGGAAUUCUGUCCGAAACUGCCAGGACAUUGUUGCACUCUCCGCGGCGACAGUAAUGGCCGGGACGGGAGACCUAGCCCUAUUUCGACGAUUGCGGUCGCUGCAUGGCCGCGUGGAUGCCGACACGCCGUAUGGAAGCCACAUGGCCGCGCAUAUGGCCAUCGGGCUGCUCUUCCUGGGCGGAGGCAGUUAUACGGUUGGCACCUCCGACCUGGCGAUCGCCUCGCUGAUCUGCUCACUGUACCCCAUUUUCCCAACGACGGUGCUAGACAACAAAUGCCACCUCCAGGCGUUCCGGCACCUGUGGGUUCUCGCCGCCGAGCCGCGCUGUCUUGUGCCCCGGGACAUUGAUUCUCGCCGCCCGAUCCAUCUCCCCAUCACCGUAACGAACACAAGCGGCCAGAGACAGACCGUGACGGCGCCCUGUCUCCUGCCCGAUCUGGACAGCAUCGCGAAAGUGGAAAUCCGUAGCGCCGACUACUGGCCGCUUGUCCUGGACUUUACGCAGAACAAGCGGCUGUACGACAAGUUCCGGCACGGGGACCAGUCCGUCUAUCUGCGGCGCAAGGCGACGUACAACCCCACCGGAUCCUCCGUGUUCGUGGCGACCCUGUCCGGCCUCAGCGAGGCGCAGGACGUGCUCCCUUCCUCCGCAGCCACUGCCAAUCCAGGCCGUCGACUCCUCCCCGCCGCGCCGCCCAAAGCCGUCGCGCUGCUCGCCUCGGGCUCCAAGCUCGUCCAUCGCGCGACACCGUCACAGAGCAUGUGGGACUGGAUCUUCAACCUCGACUCCCUGCAAGGGCUCGACAUCCAUGAGAGAUCGCUGGUGCUGCCGGCCUCCUUCCCCGCACGCGUUCGCAAAUUGGUGAUCGAGAGCAGCGUGCAGCAUGUGAUCCGCGCGGCUGGAGGUCGGGGCGCGGACGCCGACGAGGUUCGCGAUCGCCUCUGGCAGCUGCGGCUGGUGUACAGCUGGCUUGACCAUGUCCGAGCGGGAGACGAGACGCAGGCGAACGGCGACGACGAGGUUGCUGCGUCCAAGGGGUUAUGGCUGCGGCGGGAAUUUUUGGAAGAAACCCGGUGGAAGAUUUGGGGGGUGCAGAUGGGAAGUUUAUCAUGAGCGUGAGGAGACCAGAAAGGACGCGGAAACACUGUUAAUGGUUACUUAUCUUAUUUGAGCGUAUGGCUACGAUGAGUGUAUGUUUAUGUGAGGUUUCAUGACUCUAGUGGGAUGGCAUAGAGGAUAGAUGGUC